AUGAGGGCAGUGACAUUGGUGAUGAUGAUGGUAGGUUUAGUGGCAGAAGUUGAAAGCAGUUCAUGCACAACCACAUUCUUCUCUUCUCUUGUGCAACUCAUUCCUUGUAGGGCAGCAGUUGCUCCUUUUAGCUCAAUUCCACCAACUGAUGCAUGUUGCAAUGCCCUUAGGGCAUUAGGGCAACCUUGUUUGUGUGUCCUUGUCAAUGGCCCUCCAAUUUCUGGGGUAGACCGUAACAUGGCCUCACAACUCCCAAACAAGUGCACCACAAACUUUCAACCAUGUAACCUUUCUUCUCUCUCUUUCAAUGCUGAUACACUAUAUAUGAACAUGGACAUUGAAUUUCUAUACAUAAAACUAAAUCAUAUGAUUCAUGGUUUUACUGAUUUUUAUAUCACAUUUAAUCCUAGAACUCUUCAAAUUUAA